AUGAGCAUAAGCAUUACUGUCGAAAAGCGCAACAUAGUAGCAAUAAUGGAUAACUUUACGACUGGUUAUGGAGACGAGUCGAACACAGCUUUCUUCAUCGCCGGUCACACUCUGGCCGGGGUGGGCUUUUUGGCAGGUGCCCUGUCCCUCCUUGCGCUUAUCUACGGGAAGCGACCCUUUCAGCCUUUGCACAUUUUGCUGAUGAACCUUGCCAUCGCUGAUAUGACGUUGGACGCCUUCAUUCUGGUCGGAACAGGAAUCCAUAUUUACGCCGGUACGACGUAUGAAGAGUUGUGCGUAGCUUACACGAUUAUUGAACUCUCCUACGUAUCGCACUUGCUUCCGCUGUUUGCUACAGUGGCCAUUGUGAUCAACCAAUAUGUUGCAGUGUUGGCACCAUUGAGGUACCAAACUACGGUGACAAAAGGGAAAGCGUUUGCGCUUAUUUCUGUAUCAUGGGGCCUAGUUUUUACUGUUGCAGUGGCUCUGCACAUCGCGGCAAAGCCUACACACCACUUCGAUACCUCGGUCACGUGUCACUGCAUUCACGUGUGUGAUAAUUAUUUUGAAAACUAUCUCGCUAUUCGUGCACCGAUGUUUGCUCUUAUUUUCGUCAUCUUCUCUAUUUUCACAUGCUCCAUGUUGUGUUUAACGUAUCGCGUCGCAAGGAAACAGUUGAUAGCCUCGGUAUCACUGGCAGAUGCUAGUGAGUUCAACACAACUGAGGGCUACAAACUUCAUUCCGAGGCUCCAUGCCAGGCACCGCCAUUGAGCGCGAGGGCUGUCAAGCAGAAAAAGCGGCUAAGCACUACCAUUGGUCUGCUUGUGGGUACCCUCAUCGUAUUUUGGACGCCAGGGAUUUUAGAUGCCUUAUUCAUCACAUGGAGGCAUCCUGGUCCGGUGGCUAGCGAGUCCCUUCUCGCCCAUCGCAUCAGCAAUCUUCUCUUUCUCUUGAACCCAAUCUGUGACUUUGUAGUGUACGGGUUGCGGCUUUCCGAAGUGCAAGAAGGCUACUUUAGGAUAAUGUCCAGUCUUCGCCGAAGGAAUCGUCCAGUUUCAACUUCCACCCAUGAACUCCACGCUCUUCAUUUUACACCGAAGACUACUGACCGUCCCAGUCGAUGCUCGUAG